GUACGACGUAGUAAUGUGUGGGAAGAUGCAAAGAUCAAGAUGAAAAAAUGUUCAAAUGAUGAACUGAAUAACCUCAUUAAAAUUCAGUUUGUUGGAGAACCCGCAGUGGAUCAAGGUGGCCCAAGAAAUGAAUUUUUCUCAUUAGUCCAUAAUGAAGUAUCUAAAUCAGGCAUGUUCAUUGGCAAGGAAAACAGAAAGUGCUUCAACCAUGAUAUUCUUGCCUUAGAACAAAGAAACUAUUAUAUAUAUGGGCAGUUAUGCUAUAUUGCAAUCCUGCAAGGUUCACCUUCUCCCUGUUUCUUUGCACCUUCAGUGGUAGAUUAUAUUGUUUAUGGCAAGACUGAAAAAGUUGAAACGUGCGUUGGAGAUGUGCCAAAUCAAAAAGUGAAGCAAAAGCUGGAAGAGUUGGAAAAAAUUGAGGAUCCUGAAGCAUCUUUCGAAUGUUCAUUUAAAUUUAAGGCUGGUUUUAGCAAGCCACUCAGCACGUUUCAAGAAAAAGACAAACUUUUUCAUGCAAUUGCAUUGCAUUAUACCCUGCUCUCCUCCUUGUCUGAAAUCAACCAAUUUAUGGAAGGGUUAAACGUUCAUGGCCUUCUUGACCAUCUGCGCCAACAUCCCCAACAAGCUCGGAAAUUGUUUCUCUAUAGUGAAAACCAACUUAAUGCUGAGCAGGUGGAUAACCUCUUUGUGCCAUCACUCUCUCCAAAAGGGAGUAACAAACGUGCUGCAGAAGAAUCAGUGUCCUUGAAUUUUACACGGUAUCUAGAGGAUGUGGAGGCUGGAGAUGUUACAUGCAAACUUGUUGAUUUCAAUAGUAAUGAAGAGUCUGAACUGCAAGUCACAUUACCAGCUCUCUUGCAGUUCAUCACUGGAAGUUCAUCUGUACCCGCACUUGGCUUUGUGGAUAAGCCACCAUUAAUCACAUUUCAGCAUGAUUCUUCAGGCCGAAAGCUUUCUGCCAACACCUGCGCCAAUACUUUGCGCCUUCCAGUUAACAACACCUUUCUGAACUAUGACAGCUUCAAAGUCGAGUUCACUUCCUGUAUGGCAGAAGCCCCAGGAUUCGGCAAUGUGUAG